GCGUUCAAAGUGGGGUUCCCACAGAUGCUGCAAACUAAGGGCCAUUUUUCUGCUGAAUGCGCGUCUUGAUGUCCAGGGGGUGGAGGCGGAGAAAGGGGUCCAAGAGCGAGCCAGAAACCAGACAGACAGGUCUGCACGCCCUCCUGCCUGCUCAUCCUGCGGCUCCGGCCUCCGUGCACAAAGCUGAAGCGCAGCGGCCGCCGCAGGCUAAGGCUCGGGCUGCGGUCCCAGUGCCACCGCAGGUCUCUCCAUCGACCCCAUCUCCUGUCCCCGGGCUGCUAGUCCGUCCCCGACCCCGCCCCGCGGGCUGCCUGCAGGUGAAGCACCGCGCCCGCUGAGUAGGUGCGUGAGGAUGAUCUCACUCGUGCGCUCCGCGCCAGGAGGAGGAGGAGCGGGAGCAAAUCCAACUUCCGGGUAGUGAAGCCGCACGCCACCGGCAUCUUGCUUUUUCUUCCCUCCUCCCCGCGUUGUACCCCUCGCCUCUCCCUCCUUUCCUUUUAUUCCGGGCCCCACCUGCCAAAAUGAACAGCUCGGACGAAGAGAAGCAGUUGCAGCUCAUCACCAGUCUGAAGGAGCAAGCAAUAGGCGAAUAUGAAGACCUUAGAGCAGAGAACCAGAAAACAAAGGAGAAGUGUGACAAAAUUAGGCAAGAACGAGAUGAAGCUGUUAAAAAACUGGAGGAAUUUCAGAAAAUUUCUCACAUGGUUAUAGAGGAAGUUAAUUUUAUGCAGAACCAUCUUGAAAUAGAGAAGACUUGUCGAGAAAGUGCUGAAGCUUUGGCAACAAAGCUAAAUAAAGAAAAUAAAACAUUGAAAAGAAUCAGCAUGUUAUAUAUGGCCAAGCUGGGACCAGGUGUAAUAACUGAAGAGAUAAAUAUUGAUGAUGAAGAUUCAACUACAGAGCCAGACGGUGCUGCUGAGACUUGUGUCUCGGUACAGUGUCAGAAGCAAGUCAAAGAACUUCGAGAUCAAAUUGUAUCUGUUCAGGAGGAAAAGAAGAUAUUAGCCAUUGAACUGGAAAACCUCAAGAGCAAACUCGUAGAAGUAAUUGAAGAAGUAAAUAAAGUUAAACAAGAAAAAGAUGUUUUAAAUUCAGAAGUUCUUGAACAGAGAAAAGUCUUAGAAAAAUGCAAUCGAGUGUCCAUGCUAGCAGUAGAAGAGUAUGAGGAAAUGCAAGUAAACUUGGAACUGGAGAAGGACCUUCGAAAGAAAGCAGAGUCAUUUGCACAAGAGAUGUUCAUUGAACAAAACAAGCUCAAGAGACAAAGCUACCUUCUGCUCCAGAACUCUGCUCCUGACCAACAGCUUUUGAAAGCUUUAGAUGAAAAUGCAAAACUCACCCAGCUCCUUGAAGAAGAGAGAAUUCAACAUCAGCAAAAGGUCAAAGAAUUACAAGAGCAGCUAGAAAAUGAAACACUGCACAAAGAGAUCCACAAUCUCAAACAGCAACUGGAGCUUCUAGAAGAAGAUAAAAAGGAAUUGGAAUCGAAAUAUCAGAAUUCUGAGGAGAAAGCCAGAAAUUUAAAGCAUUCCGUUGAUGAACUCCAGAAACGGGUGAACCAGUCUGAGAAUUCAGUACCUCCACCGCCUCCUCCUCCUCCACCGCUUCCCCCUCCACCUCCCAAUCCUAUCCGAUCCCUCAUGUCCAUGAUCCGGAAGCGAUCCCACCCGAGUGGCAGUGGUGCUAAGAAAGAAAAGGCAGCUCAGCCAGAAACAACUGAGGAAGUCACAGAUCUGAAGAGGCAAGCAGUUGAAGAGAUGAUGGAUAGAAUUAAAAAGGGAGUUCAUCUUAGACCAGUUAAUCAGACAGCCAGACCGAAGGAGAAGCCAGACUCUUCAAAAGGCUCUGAAAGUGCAGUGAAUGAACUGAAAGGAAUACUGGGGACACUUAACAAAUCCAGUAGUUCAAGAAGCAUAAAAUCCCUUGACACUGAAAACAGUGAAACUGAGUUAGAAAGGAUUUUGCGUCGCAGAAAGGUGACAGCAGAAGCAGAUAGCAGUAGUCCAACCGGGAUUUUAGCCACCUCAGAGUCCAAAUCCAUGCCAGUGUUGGGUUCUGUAUCCAGUGUAACAAAAACAGCCUUGAACAAGAAAACUCUGGAGGCAGAAUUCAACAGCCCGUCUCCCCCAACACCUGAGCCAGGUGAAGGGGCGUGUAAAUUGGAAGGAUGCACAAGUUCCAAGGUUACAUUUCUGCCUCCCAGUAACACUGGAUGCAGGAGACAGUAUGUUGGCAGUGAAAAACAAGCUGAACCAGUUGUAGUUUUAGAUCCUGUUUCCACAUAUCAACCGCAAACCAAAGACCAGUUCGCUGAAAAAGAUCCAACUCAACGCGAGGAUGAUGAAGGCGAAAUUAAACCAGAAUACAAAGAAGACAGUGUUGAAAAAAUAAGAGACACAGACAGCUCCAACUGCUGAUCCAUAAACCAGAAGGGUGACAUGUUUAGAAGUUGUUUCCAAUAAGCACAUGAUUAGUUUUGUUGUAUUGGCAAGGGCUAUAGACAUUCUGUUCUUGUCACUGUAUUCAGAACACUGGGCCAGAAUAUAGGUUCUUUUCUGAUGUCACUUUUGUCAGUAGUUCACCUAUAUAUAUAUAUAUAUAAGUAAUCUGUUUAGCAAAAUAUACAUUCUGUGUAGGGUUUUGUUUUUUUUACCUUUAUAGGGAUAAGAGUUUUUCCUAAUGACUGUAUUAAGUGUGACUUCUUUUAGAAGGUUACAAAAAAUUCGGAUGAUAUCUUUUUAGGUAAUGUGCAUACCACUAAUCAAAUGUGAUGCUGAAAGUUUGCAGUGCUUGUGGAGAAACAGAACUGACCGAUGUAAGGCAAUUUAAAAAGCCCCCAAAGAAGCUUCUGUUUUGAUUCUGACCCUCUUGUUGGAGAAACUGCAGUAGCAUGAAAAUUGUUAGGCACUGUGGCAUACAAAUUACUUUCUAGGAUAUACUGAGAUAAGCUUAAAAUUCAGGAGCUGGUAUCAAACUAGUAGUCUCAUAGUCAAUGUUAGUUACACAUAUGUUGACAGUGGAAUGAAAAUACCUGCUACUGAUUGUGUCCACAGCCUCCCGAGGGCUCUGGUGGCCUGAAUGCAGAAUGGAGGUGAAGUCCAAACCUUGAAUUCCAUGGAGCGUUGUCUUGAUAAACCAUGUGCUCUGUGCUGGGAGUUAACUGUCUGCUCACGUACUAAUGUGGAACAAGUACCAUAUUUUAUCGUAGUUCUUAUGUACAGUGAAGAUAAGUGACAAGCACACAAUUUUCUUGCUUCACUGCUGUUCCACAUUACACAGGUUUGUUUUGUUUUGUUUUUUUAAAGAAAUUAAGUGGUAGUUAGUCUCUAAAAAUACAAUGUUUCAGUCUACCACAGUGAAUAAAUAGAAAUGUAAUCAGGGAUUUAAAAAAAACUUAUGCAGCUUUUCAAAGUUGAUUGUUUCAAAAUUGGUGUUUAUUUAAAAUAAGUGGUAAUGUAUUUGAAUUCGUUUUUUUAUGACAAUGAUUCAGUAAUGGUAAUUUUACUAUUAAAGAAAGUGAAAGGUUUAGUUUUGUUAGCAUGGCUCAGCAUGUAGCUGUCAGGUGGUUCUCACCUAAGGGCAAAAGAAAAUGAUAGUAAUAAUUGCAGUGGUUGUAUUGUAUUUUAUUUUUGCACGUGUGCUAAGCAUAGGCUUGAAGAGGUGGGUAGGCAGGUAAAUGUAAUUCCUAAAUUUGGAGAUAAUUCUCUUUCCGUAGGUUCAUUGUGCUUGACUGUUUCCACGUUCCUCCAGUGAUGACUUUACAGUUAGUAAUCGGUUUACUUAGGGGGAAUUAAAAUGUAAUGUUUGUCAACUGUAAUUUUCCCUAAUUGAAUAAUGCUGCCGUGUGAUACAGUAACUACACACUGCGUUAACUCACUGAAACGAGUUCUGUUCUGCUGUGAUUUGAACUCUCCUCACCACGCUUAUUAAAAAGCACCAACAGUUCCCCACUAAAGGUCAGUUGUGGUUAUUGACAUUUUUGGUUUAGUUCCCCAAAUUUGACAUUCUUUAAUAAGAAAAUUGUAUAAGAGUUGAUAACCUUAUUCAUUUUUAAUAAUUACAAAAUGGUUUAUUUUGA